AUGGAACAUCGACUUACAGAAUAUCAAUAUGUUUACCAGCAAUUAACAAAUAAUACAUUAGUUGCUAAAAAUUUUUAUUCGUAUUUCGGUUAUACUUCCUUAUCAGACGGCAUAGAUGCACUUCGAAAUUUGUUAGAAUCAUUACGUGACGAUACUAAACUCGCCACUGAAGUCGUUCACAAAAAUAUACUUAAUUAUUUGAGUAAAGAUGUAAAUAAUUUAGGAGAAAAUGAAAACGAUGAACAAAAGGAAGCUAAAUCAAGUACACAUCCUGUCGAAGACUAUAAUAACAGCAAUACGCAAACCAAAGAUUUUCCAU